UUGUCUUGUUGGGAAGACUCAACAGUUAUUGGUUGACUCAAUCUUAAUUAAAGCCAUCCUUCAUAAAACUGCCUAUCACUGAUUUGAUCAGUUCAUGAACCCUGCACUUCACUUCAAAUUACUCAUUUUCAUUCAUCCACUCAACUCCCUUUCCUACCAUGGCACUAGAAUUGGUGGGUGGUGCUCUUCUUUCUGCUUUACUUCAGGUUGCAUUUGAGAAGCUUGCUUCUCUUCAAGUUCGGGACUUCUUUCGUGGAAGAAAGCUUGAUCAAAAGCUGCUCAACAACUUGGAAAUCAAGCUGAACUCCAUACAGGCUCUGGCUGAUGAUGCAGAACUAAAGCAGUUCAGAGAUCCACGUGUCAGGAACUGGCUUCUUAAGGUCAAAGAUGCUGUGUUUGACUCAGAGGAUCUCUUGGAUGAAAUACAACAUGAGAUCUCCAAAUGCCAGGUCGAAGCUGAAGCUGAAGCUGAAGCUGAGUCUCAAACCUGCACUUGCAAGGUACCAAAUUUCUUCAAAUCUUCUCCUGUUAGUUCCUUUAACAAGGAAAUUAAAUCAAGGAUGGAACAGGUCCUUGAGGACCUUGAAAACCUUGCUAGCCAAAGUGGCUAUCUAGGUUUGAAAAAUGCAAGUGGUGUUGGAUCAGGAUUUGGUGGUGCAGUAUCACAGCAAUCACAAUCAACAUCUUUGCUUGUUGAAAGUGUUAUUUAUGGCAGAGAUGAUGACAAAGAAAUGAUCUUUAAUUGGCUCACAUCUGACAUUGACAAUUGUAACAAACUAUCAAUACUUUCUAUUGUGGGCAUGGGUGGGUUGGGUAAGACCACACUUGCCCAACAUGUAUACAAUGACCCAAGGAUAGAAAAUAAAUUUGAUAUCAAAGCUUGGGUCUGUGUUUCAGAGGAAUUUGAUGUUUUCAAUGUAACAAGAACAAUUCUUGAGGCAGUCACUAAAUCAACUGAUGAUAGUAGAAACCGAGAAAUGGUUCAGGGAAGGUUGAGCAAAAAAUUGACAGGAAAGAGAUUUUUUCUUGUUUUGGAUGAUGUUUGGAACAGAAAACAAAAGGAAUGGAAAGAUUUGCAAAGUCCUCUUAAUGGUGGGGCUCCAGGGAGUAAAAUUGUUGUCACUACACGUGACAAGAAAGUUGCUUCAAUAGUGGGAUCAAAUAAAACACAUUCCUUAGAGAUGUUGCAAGAUGAUCAUUGCUGGCGAUUGUUCGCUAAACAUGCAUUCCAAGAUGAUAGUCAUCAACCGAAUCCAGACUUCAAGGAGAUUGGUACGAAGAUAGUAGAAAAAUGUAAAGGACUGCCUCUGGCCUUGACAACAAUUGGAAGUCUAUUACACCAAAAAUCAUCUAUUCCAGAAUGGGAAGGCAUAUUGAAAAGCGAGAUAUGGGAAUUUUCAGAAGAGGAUAGCUAUAUUGUCCCAGCUUUGGCACUAAGCUAUCACCACCUUCCUUCCCAUCUCAAGAGAUGUUUUGCUUAUUGUGCCUUAUUCCCCAAAGAUUACAGGUUUCACAAGGAGGGUUUAAUUCAGCUGUGGAUGGCGGAAAACUUUUUACAAUGUCAUCAACAGAGUAGGAGUCCAGAAGAAGUCGGUGAACAAUACUUCAACGAUCUUUUGUCAAGGUCCUUCUUUCAACAAUCAAGUAGCAUAAAGAAAACAUAUUUUGUCAUGCAUGACCUUCUCAACGAUUUGGCAAAAUAUGUUUGUGGGGACAUCUGUUUCAGGUUGGAAGAAGAUCAAGCAAAAAAUAUACCAAAAACAACCCGUCAUUUUUCAGUUGCAACCUAUCAGGUUAAAUGCUUUGAAGGGUUUGGAACUUUAUACGAUGCUGAAAGGUUACGCACAUUUAUGUCAUCAAGUGAGAAAAUGAAGAUUCAUAACUACCAUCGUUGGCAUUGCAAGAUGUCAACACAUGAAUUGUUCUCCGAGUUUAAGUUCUUACGUGUCUUAUCUCUGUCUGGUUAUUCUAACCUAACAGAGUUGCCUGACUCUGUAGGUAAUCUUAAAUAUCUCCAUUCAUUAGACCUCUCAAAUACUGACAUUGAAAAAUUACCUGAAUCAACAUGUUCACUCUACAACUUGCAAAUACUGAAGCUAAAUGGUUGUACACAUUUGAAGGAGCUGCCCUCCAAUUUGCAUAAACUCACUGAUUUGCAUCGCCUUGAAUUAAUAGAUACUGGAGUGAGAAAGGUACCGGCACAUUUGGGAAAACUGAAGUAUCUUCAAGUAUUAAUGAGUUCGUUUAAGGUUGGCAAAAGUAGGGAGCUCAGUAUCCAGCAGCUAGGAGAACUCAAUCUUCAUGGAAGUCUAUCAAUAAGGAAACUGCAGAAUGUUGAGAAUCCCUCAGAUGCAUUAGCCUUGGAUUUAAAAAAUAAAACACACCUUGUUGAGGUAGAGUUGAAAUGGGAUUCAGACUGGAACCCUGAUGAUUCAACAAAAGAAAGGGAUGAAAUUGUAAUCGAGAAUCUACAGCCUUCCAAACACUUGGAGAAGUUGACGAUGAGGCAUUAUGGGGGUAAACAAUUUCCAAGGUGGUUAUUCAACAAUUCCUUAUUGAAUGUGGUGUCCUUAACCUUCGAGAACUGUGAAUCUUGCCAACGUUUGCCUCCCCUUGGACUCUUGCCAUGUCUCAACUACCUGAGUAUUGUUGGACUUAAUGGGAUAUUGCGUAUUGAUGCUGAAUUUCAUGGGAAUAGCUCUUGUUCAUUUGCAUCCUUGGAAACACUGGAGUUCUCCCGGAUGAAAGAAUGGGUAAAAUGGGAAUGUCAGGAUGUGACAGGUGCUUUUCCACGUCUUAAAGAUCUCAGGAUAUCUAAUUGUCCCAAGCUGAAAGGGGACCUGCCAGAGCAACUUGUUUGUUUACAGACACUAACAAUUUCGAACUGCAAACAGCUUAUGGCUUCUGCUCCCAUGGCUCCAGAGAUUCGUGUAUUGGAUUUAAAUGACUGUGGAAAGCUGCAACUUGAUGAUCAUCGGACUACUUUGAAAAUGCUUAGUGUCGGCGGACAAAGCAUGGAUACAUCGUUGAUGGAAAGUAUUUGGCACAUCAUAUCUGUUAGUUCUCUUGAAGAGCUGAGGGUUGAUUAUUGCCCAAAUAUGAAUAUUCCAAUGAGUAGUUUUCAGGGUUUCCUUGUAAGCUUGCACAUCUUAGGUGGCUGCAACUCUCUAACGACCAUUCCGCUAGAUUUGUUCCCAAUACUCAGAGAGCUUUAUACCUGGUGGUGUCCUAAUCUACAGAGGAUUUCACAGGGGCAGGCUCAUAAUCAUCUCCACUAUCUGAGUAUGAGAGAGUGCCCCCAAUUAGAAUCAUUGCCUGAAGGAAUGCAUGUCCUCCUUCCAUCUCUUCAUUAUCUGGGCAUAGAGGAUUGUCCAAAAGUUGAAAUGUUUCCCGAAGGAGGUUUGCCAUCAAAUUUAAAAGAAAUGAGUCUUGGUAGUUCCAAACUUAUGUCCUUAUUGAAAAGUGCCUUGGGAGGCAAUCACUCUCUAGAAAGCUUAUAUAUUGGAGAAGUGGAUGUUGAGUGUCUUCCUGACGAAGGUGUACUGCCACACUCUCUUGUUUCUCUAGGGAUCAAUAAGUGUGGAGAUCUAAAAAGACUGGACUACAAAGGUCUCUGCCACCUCUCCUCUCUCAAGGAAUUGCGUCUUGAAGACUGCCCCAGGCUCCAAUGCUUACCAGAGGAGGGUCUGCCCAAAUCCAUUUCAUAUUUGCGAAUUUGGGGGGAGUGUCCGUUGCUCAAACAACGUUGCAGGAAACCCGAAGGUGAAGACUGGCCAAAGAUUGCUCACAUUGAACACUUCUACAUAUAAGGUGAGCUAACUCUUAUAUGGAUUCAAUCAUACAUCAACAGGGGAAUCUAGGUGAGUUCUCAAUGCAGUUGAAUCGAAUUCCUUGACGCUCAACAAGUCCACCAUCUAUCUUUGCUGUAGGACCCAAGUCUUCAUCUCAUGUCCUCACUUCAUUUGUGUACCCUUCAACUCAGCAUUUAGCCGCUGCACAUUUUUUCAGUUACUUAGAGCUUUUAAGACCCUGUUAGUAUAUCUAUUGUAACAAUAUGACAGGAUAUGUUUUUGACACAUCAAAAGCCUAAUUAUUUUGUUAUUGAUGGAUUAUGUGUGAUGUCCUUUUUUUUAUAAAAAUAAACCAUUAUUACAAUG